GCACUCACUCUGAUCUGUUCUCUUCACCGCUUCAUCCUCACUCUCCACCCUCUUUAUCCCUCUUUAUCCGCACCCACAAAUUCAGUUCCUCGUCUUACCCACCAUUCUUUACCUUCGCUUUUCGCUUAUACUUAUCAAUGAAUAGCACAACUGAGCUCCAAUUGAAACUUCCGCGGUCGAGUGGUGGCCUGUAAUGGCAGUGAGCUUUGUUACACUUCCAGUGACUUUGAGUCUUGUUUUGUCGUUUAAAGCGCCUUUCAGGUGGUGAAUUGUGAAAAUGGUGGGAAUGAUUGUGACAUAUGGACAACUGGGUAUCUCUAGUUUUGAAGGAAUCGGGGCUUUUGGUUUUAAUUCUCGGCGGAAUUCGUUUUCUCCAUCUGGGUUCCCUCUUCGCUGGAGACCCAGUUUGGGAAUUUAUUUGAACGUGAAUAAUCGGAGGCUUAACUUUGGAACAAUUUGUAAAGCUUUGUCUAAAGGAGAGUCUAAUGGCAAAUUAAUUGGUGUGUCGCUUCUUGAAAAGGAUGCUGAGUUUAGGCCGUCAUUUAAUGACUACUUGAAGGUUAUGGAGUCUGUUAAAACUGUUAGAGAUAAGAGACAAUCUAAUGGUUUCCAAAAACAAAAAUUGAUUGAUAAGUCGAGGGAAACAGGUUCAUCUGAUGGGAAUGAAGAAGGUGUGAAACUGGAGGAUUUGGAAGAGCAUUCGAACCAAGAAAAGGACUUGAAAGGUUUUAAAAGAGACGAGUCACUCAACAGUAGAGAUUCUUUUACAGACAAAAAUGGAAAAAGGAGAAAUAUAACAGAUCCCAAGAGCAGGAUUGGCAGAAAAGAAGGCAAUGUGAUUGGAAAGGAAACAAGGAAGUCAGAUGGCAGGGAUUCAAUGGAUAGAAAUUGGCCAAAAUAUCAGACUGGUAGGGAAGAGGCGGAGUUAGAUGAGAACCGCUUAGGGAGAAAUGUUACUUAUCGGGAGGGAUAUAAGAGUACUGGGAAUCGAAUCCCAUCUCAAGUUAAUGACAAUAAUAUGGACAUGAGAAGGGGAUAUGAAGACAAAGCAAAUUCAUCACAGAUGUGGGAUAAGAAGAGGACCAGUGAUCACAGAUUGAAUUAUAAAUCAAAGGGUAAUGUCAGAGAGAGAGAGAAGAAUGGCAUUGGGUUUAACAAGUUACAUGAGAAAGUUGGGGGGAAUUAUGUUCAAGAUGACAGUAAGGGGAUUGUGCCAAGGCAUGAUAGACAAACUAAGAGAACUAUGGAUUUCGGUGAAAAUUUUGAUGACAAUAAUUUGAAUAUGGAAAGAGCUGCCUUCAGGAAUCUUGAUGAAUUUGGUGACAUCAUGGAAAUUCCACGACUUCCACGAAAUGUAAUGGAGGAGAGGAUUCAGAAGCUGGCAAAUUCGCUGAAUGGUGCAGACGUUGACAUGCCCGAAUGGAUGUUUUCGAAGAUGAUGCGUAGUGCAAGAAUUAGAUUCACAGAUCAUUCUAUCUUAAGGGUUAUUCAGAUCCUGGGAAAAUUUGGAAAUUGGAGACGAGUGCUACAAGUCAUUGAGUGGCUUCAAAUCCGUGAACGCUUCAAAUCUCAUAAAACAAGAUUUAUAUACACGACUGCACUUAAUGUUCUUGGAAAGGUAAGGAGACCUGUGGAGGCGCUCAAUGUGUUUAACGCAAUGCAGCAACAAAUUUCCUCUUAUCCUGAUUUAGUUGCUUAUCAUUCUAUUGCUGUUACUCUUGGACAAGCGGGACACAUGAAAGAACUUUUUGAUGUCAUUGAUGCCAUGCGUUCUCCUCCCAAGAAGAAGUUCAAAACAGGGGCUCUUGGUGAGUGGGAUCCACGGGUGGAACCAGAUAUCGUUGUCUACAAUGCGGUUUUAAAUGCUUGUGCUCAGAGGAAACAAUGGGAAGGAGCAUUUUGGGUUUUGCAGCAAUUAAAGGAAAAAAGUGUACAACCUACAGCCACAACUUACGGACUAAUUAUGGAGGUGAUGCUUGCAUGUGGCAAGUACAACUUAGUUCACGACUUCUUCAGAAAAAUACAAAAGUCUUCUACACCAAAUGCUUUAACAUAUAGAGUGCUUGUGAAUACCCUAUGGAAAGAAGGUAAGCUAGAUGAGGCUGUAUUGGCUGUUCAAAACAUGGAGAAUCGAGGAAUAGUAGGUUCUGCUUCUCUUUAUUAUGACUUUGCUCGAUGUCUUUGUAGCGCUGGAAGGUGUCAAGAGGCAUUAGCUCAGGUUGAGAAGAUAUGUAAGGUUGCAAAUAAACCUCUGGUUGUAACUUACACUGGAUUAAUUCAAGCCUGUCUCGACUCUGGCAAUGUCGAAGAUGGGGCAUACAUGUUCAAUCAUAUGAAGAAGUUCUGCUCCCCAAAUCUUGUUACUUGUAACAUAAUGCUGAAAGCUUAUCUAAAACAUGGGAUGUUCAAAGAAGGAAAAGAGCUGUUCCAGAUGAUGUUAGAAGAUGGAAGUGGUUUCAGGAGCAAAGCUAAUCAUAAUGUUUUGGUGGCACCGGAUAUAUACACAUUCAAUACUCUGUUAGAUGCAUGUGUCUCUGAGAAAAGGUGGGAUGAUUUUGAGUACUUUUACAAAAAGAUGCUGCACCGUGGUUAUCACUUCAAUUCUAAGCGCCAUCUUCAGAUGAUACUAGAGGCUUCCAGAGCUGGAAAGGGAGAAUUGCUGGACAUAACAUGGAAUUACUUGGUCGAGGCGGAUCGAACUCCACCAGCAUCUCUAAUCAAAGAAAGGCUUUGCAUGAAGCUGGAGAAAGAAGACUACGUUGCUGCCCUUUCCUGCAUUCAGAAUCAAGGUCUAUUAACCGCAUUGCCAGACUUCUCUGGGAAGGCUUGGUCGAGAUUAUUCGAGGGGAACUCCAAAAAAUUUCAGAAAGGUACGCUUGUUAGGUUUGUCCAUGAGGUUAGCAAUAUCGUUGCCAGAAGUGAUCAACCAAAUCCUGCCUUAGACAAUCUUUUAGAAUCUUGCAAGGAACUUACUAGAACCUAUGCAGAAGGUUGUGUUGGACCAACACAAACUUAUUCUAGACUUCAAACUGACCCAGCUUUGACAAUUUAAUAAACCAAACACGUAAAAAUUUUGCUAAUAUUUUUUGUGUAUAAAUAAGUUGAAUUGUUAUAUAAGUUACAUGAUAGAAUAUGGAAAUGUGUUUGACUAUGCAUAUAUGAUAUUUUCUCAAAGCUGUGACACGAGUAAUCAUUGGCUACAUAAAGACCUCUUUUUUCAUGA